CUGUUCAGUGAACUUUCAAAAGGAGCAAGUAUUUUAUGCACUGAAUACAGCUAAAUAGACCUGUUCAUUGCAGUUAAGGAUGAGUGACAAGCUAAACAAAUAAGAUAGUCAACUCAUUUCCUAGAGCAAUGCUAGUACUCAGAUAAGGCAACCAAAGGUCAAGUCUCAAGUUCAAACAUGCAGAAUCAACAUCCAACUCUGGCACUAAUAAGAGAAAUGAUGGAUUAGUGCCUGUUAUCGACGAUUUAGUUUCAUAUUCAUGGAUUCAUACGAUUUAUAAAGAUUUCGCUGCUGUCAAAUAUGGCAUUGGAGAAAUUUGUGGGAGGUAAUAUUUCUGAUAAAAGUAUGAACGAUUCAGAACUUAAUACCCCGGUUUAUCAAAACGAUUCAUUUUUACAGUAUCCAGAAUAUGAAAUGGGAAGAUCAGUUUUCAAGUACUGUUCGCCAGUUAUCCUAGUUGUUGGUACAUUAGGAAAUAUCUUAUCUGUUAUCAUACUAUUACGUCGGGAACUUCGUCAAUGUUCAACUACCAUAUAUCUCACAACGCUUGGCAUCACAGACCUCGUGUUCCUUUGGACUGCGUUGUUAAGGAACACGCUGCAGUACAACUUUGGUAUAUCACUCCGCAACUUGUCUGAAGGUGUCUGCCAGUUUGAUAUGUUUGUCACAUACUUUUCAAAACACUAUUCUGCAUGGAUACUCGUAGCUGUAUCCAUUGAAAGACUAAUCGCAGUAUGGCAUCCUUUCAGAGCAAAACAACUGUGUACAAAAAAGACCGCCAUAUUCUCGUUAGUCACAAUGGGCGUCGUCCUUGUUGGGGUGGAUUUACAUUUUAUUUGGACAUUGUCCCUUGAUAACAUCGGAAAUUGUACAAACAGACCACAGUUUCAGACAUUCGUAGUACAAAUUUGGAUAUGGAUUGAUGGUUGCAUUGGAUCGUUCAUACCAUUCAUCAUUAUGAUAAUUUGUAACAUUUGCAUUAUCGCCAAGGUCAUGCACGCUCGUAGCGAACGCGUCGAGAUGACCAAUAAUUCGGUGAUUAACUACAGGCAAAGCUCAAUGAACUCGAGACGCGGUGAUGUCUGUAAGUUUACUUCUAUGACAGCCAUGCUUCUUGGAAUUAGCUUCGGAUUCAUCAUUACCACGUCGCCAUUUUCUAUCUAUUUGCUCUACUACCAUAGCAUUGACUUCAAUCUUAGAACGGAGCAAAACAAAGCCGCACUAUUCCUCGCUUAUUCCAUUUGCGGAAGCAUCUUUUACAUCAAUUCAGCUAUCAACUUCCUUUUGUACUGUAUUACUGGACGCAAGUUCCGACGCGAACUUUGUACAAUUUGUUGCGCUAAGUGUAUCCUGUCUAUGAGGAACGUCGAGGGAGGCGCGCCCGACUUCCUAUAUAGCUGGAUAAGAAUGGGUUCCAUUAAGGACCACACGGGGACAACCUCUUGGAGCAGUCACAAUGGUGCCGAAAGGGAUUCUAAAAGGUACCACAUUGUAUCGGACAAUUUUUAAGAUGGAGAUGAAACAAAAAAUUGGACUAUCAUGAUAUAAUGUCUCGACUCCAUAAAAAACCUUAUUGCAUAUGUAGUGAAAUAAGUGUGGACAUUUUGUGUCAAACACGUGACCUCGUUUGUUGAUCUUGCCAUUCAGACAAUAAAUAGUAAAUGGUGAUCCACAUGAACACUUUGAUACCAUAUAAGUCAUUGACAUAAAUAUCGUUUUAGAAGACAGCACGGCGACUUGAAUCAAAAAGAAACGAUACGUGACACAAAAACAUUUAUCGCGUCGGAUAUAUUUUGUAUGAUAGUGUACUCCGCUGGACAAACUGAACAGCGUACUGAGUCUAUGCGAUAAAAGGAUGCUAUAAGUACAUGCCAUCCGUUUCUAAGACAUCAGUAGGCUUUACAUUCUACAAGAAGAAAUAUCAUUUUGCAUUGGCAGACUGUCGAGUAUCCGGCUUUGGAAGAAGUAAAUUUCCCCGAAGGUCCAAAGCCCAUCAGUUAUUUUAAACCUUCUAAAUUUAUUGAAUACGACUGAGAGAUAAUGAAGAAACAUUUAAAGUCGAGAUCCACAUUAUUAGAGUGGCGGACAAUCAUUCCUUGGAGAUACAUUACAUCAUUUCGUUAAAUGUUAUUGCCUGUGGUUGACUGGAGAAGAUGUAAGGUUCAAUAUUGUAAGACAUCGGUCUCCAUACAGUUACAAUAAUUACAUAGUUCAUGUAACAACAUGGCUGAGCUUCCUGUAUGGGACUGUAUACAUUUUUAACCUCUUCGAAGCGGUCAAAUUACUUAAUAUAGCAUUUGGCUGAAAGAUGCAUUGUGAUGCUAGUCGAAGCAGUUUUUCGCAGUUUUUCUGGUUGCAGUGAGUGGUAAUAUCUACCGCAUUUAUUAGAAUAUACAACUUGCGUUCUUGUAAAAAGGGAAUUUUUCCCAAUAUGACCAGGUUAAACAUGCGGGAUUUUGUUCAUGUAACAAUUUUGCCAAAUGUAAUUAACUGAGACUAACAUAUCUAUUUGUAGGUAUU